AUGCAGCGCUACACCAUCGAGGAGCACGAAUCCGGCUACAUAGAGGAGAAGGAUCUUGAAAACUUCCUUAAAAUGCAGUUUGGCGCAAACAGAAACUACGAUAUUAAGAAAAACGACGAGGCGAACUACGUAUACUGGUCCUACACAGCCCCAAGGGCCCUCAACAAGGAUGAAAUACAUUCGUUUAUCCAGAAGGAUUCACUGAGGCCGUUCUUGAUUACAGCCCCUCUGCUAUGGGAGCUUUUGGAUUCGAACAAGACACCCCUGGCUUUCCUGGAUGUCUUGUUCGCAGUCCAUACUGAAACAUGCAUCUCGGAGGAGAGCUACGGGAAUGUUUUCUUGCAAACGUCAACCCAACCGUCGCCUUGUUACGAGCUCUCCUACCAGUUCAAAUAUGCUGAAGCCAACAACCGAUCCCGCGCCUUUCCCUGGUCCAUUAGACGGACAGAGAUUUUCAAUCGCAUUGAGACUUCAGGCGAAACCAUCAAGUCCACGUGGCUGAUAUUUAACCCGAAAGAAGACUCGGAGUUAAGCAAAAGGCUCGCUGAUAAGGCGCAAGAUCCUGGUAAAUGGGCUGCACUGAAGGCCAACCCGCUGCGGCUGCAUAUUGCCAUUCUGUCGACGUACAUCGAUAACUGGAGAGACUUUCUGGAAGAUAUCGGCAAGCAGUACUCCGAGCUGAAAAAGCCGGUGUGGACGGCUGAUGUCGAGUACGAGGUGGAACUCGCCGAGGCCCUGAGCUUCAAGGCCAUGCGGUCCCUCCGGGGGCUGGAAGAGAGAGUCCAAACUGUUCAAGUCAGCCUGAGACAGACCGAGAGGCUUGUUCAGGCGAUGCGAGAUUUGAACGGCAAUAUGAGUUUGCUCCCAAGUCAUAUGUACGGCCAAGCAGAAUUCAGGAUCAUAAGCAAUGCCCUCGAGAACAUCACGGUUCGGUUGGAAGGGUAUCAGACAUCUGCAGAAGCCCUUGAACGUCGCGUCCAGGGGAUUUUGAGACUUGUGACGGAUGCUUUGAACGUGAAGAACCAGAACGCUGCGGCAAAAGUUCAGAAGUUCGCAGCUGACAACCAGGCGGUCAACACGGAGAUCAGCAAAGGCGUAUAUGCCCUCGCAAUGGAUAGUGUUGAUGAUAGCACGAUUGCCAGAAUCGUGACCUUGGCGACGCUGAUUUACUUGCCGGCGAGCUUUGUGGCGACGCUCUUCGGCAUGAACUUCUUUGGUUUCGACGAGCGUUCGAAGCGGAUGACCACUGAACUCGCCUCGAAUAGAAUGAACAUAAAAAUUAUGCCCAUCACUGAUGAGAACAUUCGCAUUGCCAUGUUUGUCAAUGGAGAUCUCGACUCGAGCGAGCUGCAAGGGAUGGGGUCUGGAACGAAUGUGUCAGCCUUUAUGCACAUGCUGACCUGGAAGUGA